UUUCCCUCCUCAGUGCUGCACUCUAAUUCGAUCAGUAAGAGUGUCUGAAAGAAUGGGGGAUAGAAAUAGAAUAAUCAUUUGAUUGUUAAAGCUUAGGGUUUAUGCAGGUAUUGAAGAUCAUGGAAGAUAUAUUUGUCGAUGAUUCGAAGAGUAAUGUGUCCGUCGGGUGUACUGAUAAGCCAAAAGUAGCAGAAAUGGCAAAGGGCAAUAUGCGAAGCUCAGGGAGAAGAACACUUGCUGACAUCAGCAACAUUCCACAGCAACCUAGCACUUCAAACCUAUCUAACAAUCCACAUCGAAGCUCUAAUACUAUAAGAGAGCACAACAAGCAGCUCCAAAAGGAAAAAGCAGCAUUAAUGAGACUCUUAUCAGAGAAAAAUAAAAUCAUUGAAGAAAAUAGAGUUGAGGGACACAAAUUAAGGGUUACUUUGCAGAAGAUCCAGGAGCAGAAUUUGAAACUUGCUCAAUCAAACACACAGAUGCUAAUGGAACUAAAUUCAGUCAAGGAGAGAAACAAAGCUCUGAAUCAUGAGCUUGGAUGCAAAAAUGGUUUGAUUAGUGUAAUGAAGUUGGAGUUGGAAAACAGAACUUGUCAAACAAAUGAUGCUGAUAACAAUAAGGCCACUGAAGUGAAGGAGACUGAAACUGAAGACAAACAUUAUAUUACCAGCAAAAGGCAGAAAUCUAAAAGUUUAGUUGUUGAUAAGGUUCAAGAUGAUGAAGUGCGUAAAAACAGAAGACUUCAAACUAGAAGACAAUCUGCAAUGUUUAAGGUUGAUGAACCAAAACCCACCAAAGACACUAUUCAGAUAGAAAAUGUUGAUGAUGAUGAUGAUGAUAAAAUGAAAGUGAAUGAUUUAAUAAAUUCAUUUCCUUCAUCAUCUAAAGAAGAAGGUGGUGAUAUUCAACACUACAAAUCUCAAGAAAAUAGAAAAACAUCUCUUUCAAGGCCCUUACGUGAAGCUGCAAAGAAAGUUCAGUCUUACAAGGAAAUAAAAGUGAAUAUGAAGAUGCGAAGAGACAAGUGACUGUUUUUUUUUUUUCAUGCUUAUAUAAAGUACAAACCAUUUGUUUGAGCUACAACAAUAUAUCUUAAAACUCAUUAGAUGCAAGUCUAAAAAUUAUAUGUGGUAUUAAUGUGUAUAUAGGAACAUGAUAUGAAGAUGGUUAAUAUUUUGAUGGUUUCUUUUGUUGUAGUUACACUGAAUGAAAGCUAGUAUGCGUGUGUAUGAAACGGGGUUGUAUGUGUCAUAUUAGGCUUCUGUUUUGGGUUUGAAUAUAUACUCGUUUAUAAGGUGAAAUUUUGGGGAAGUAUUAUGUUUAAAAGUUGACAAAAGUUUUAUUGGCAAUACUUUAUCAUAUAUACAACUCAUCAUCGCUCUCUCUAAAACACAUCUCUAAGGCUGUAAGGUGUGGUAACCUUUUUGCUGCCGGUAUGCUGAUUUGGCUACUUCACCGACAGUAAACACUGACCCGCAACAUUUUUUUUGCCGGCGGUAUUAUGCCGACGAUAAGUUCCACCGAUGGCAAAAUUUAAACGUUUGAGGGUUUGUGACUGUUGGCAGAACCAUUGCUGCUACCCAUUCACUUAAACUAUACCCGUCUUUAUAUACAUUUCUUUCCUACCUUUUUUAAAAAUCCUCUAAAAAAAGGUAAAUCCAUUGCAAACUUGCAAAAAGUUGUUAACCGUGUGUCAAUCUGUUGCGAAAUCAUGGGAAGCAAUUCUAGAAACGAUACAAAAAGAA